AUGGCACAAGCGGCAUCAUCGCAGCCAGAGCGGAAACGACCCCGACUGUCACCCGAAAACGAAGACGAGGACGAGAAGCCUUUCGUCAACCAUGCUACUCUCUACUUCGACGAUGGCAAUGCCAUCCUCACUGCUGGGAGGAUGCUCUUCUGCGUCCAUAGAUCGCUCCUAUCCAAGCAUUCCAGUGUGCUCCGCGACCUGUUCGAAGAGUCGCAUGCGCGGUUCCGAGGACUUCUACAUCUCGAAAUGGAAGAGACUUCGGAGGAGGUAGAGGCCCUGCUCAACGUUAUCUAUGACGGACUGCGAGUCGAUGUCCAGAGAUUGUCCGUCGAGACCUUUCCCUCCCUGUCCAACAUCCUGCGAAUGGCAACCAAGUACAAAGUGGGGCGUCCGUGUGACGAUAUCUUGGCACGCAUACGAGCCGAAUGGCCCGCGAACCUCGUCCAGCACGAUGCGAAAGAGCGCGAGCUU